AUGACCAGCAUCCCGCAGUGCGGCCGCCUGGCCGAGCGCAUGGGCUGCCGCCCUGCGCCCCAGGGCCUGUGCUGCCUAGUCCUGGACGAGGCCUCCAAGACAGUGAAGGUGGCAGCCACGCUGGAGCCGUCCUGCGCGGUGAACUUGGAGUAUUUGCUGCUGGCUCUGAAGGUGCGCAAGACUGCGUGCCGGGAGCCCUUGUUCUCGCUGGACCCCACGGAUCCGCAGAACCUGGAGACCUGCCCACAGAAGAAGGUGUAUGAGCCCAGCUGGUUGGCCGGCACCAGCGCGGGGGAUGUGAUGUUCCAGGCGGACUACUUUCUCAAGGAGCUGGCCCUGGGAGAGUACUCCAUGCCCGUGGUGGGCAUGAACAGCGUCUUCGACUACUCGGAGAUGACGGGGAAGGAGAACAGCUGGGCGGGCCGCGAGUGGUUUGUGGUGAAGAAGGCGGAAGUCAGAAUGGCGGAGGACAACACGCUGAUCCCCCAUGUGAAGAUGGGGGUCGAGGCCCGGGAGCAGAUUCUCACGAAGAACGGGCUGGAGGACGCGCCGGUCACGGCGCCCCACCAUCCGCUCAAGAAGUUCGCCGAGGCCUUCACGCGAAACUUCGACCUGGUCGCAGAGCGGAAAAGCGUGAUCUUCCAUCUGCGUGAGUUGGCCAAGGCCUCGGUGAUGGCCAAGUACCUGGUGGACUCCAAGGCGAAGGUGGACCCCAGCUGGUACGGCCUGGCGGAGGAGAUUGUAAGGAAGACCACCCCGGAGGCGCACACUGAGAUCCCGCAGCUGUGGAUGAACAUGCGGGGCAAUACUCGCAUCAAGCUGAAGAACGGCCGUUUGAUCGACAUGGUUACAGGUGGGCAGAGCUCUCUGCAGGCCAUCUACGGAGGGGUGGAGUUCGGCUUGGACCGCUUCGAGCUGUCGCAGCGCCACGCCCUGCAGGGCCAGCCGGGGAUGCAGCUGGGGCAGUCAGGCCGACCCAUGUUCAUGCCGCAGCGAUUCCAGUUGGGCCAGCGCGAGAUGCCGCAAGGUGUGGACCUGAACUUGGACAAGUUCGCUCUCGACACGGAGGAGCGCUUCAAGGGCCGGCUGCCGCCCUGCAGCGGUGGCCCGAACUCGCUGGAAGCGCGGACCACCCUGGGCAAGGCCUUCCUGCACAGCCUUCAGCAGAGGCCCGGCGUGAAGCCGGAGGAUCAGAAGCUGAUCUUGAGCAUCUUCACCGUGCCCCAGUGCGACCGGACCCAGGAGGCCGACCUCUUCAUUCCCCCAGACCCGCCCCUCGAAGCGAACGCAGGCUACACCACCAAGCUGCGCAAUCUUGUGGGUGAGGACAUGAGUGUAGGCUCAAGCGCCCUUGUGUAUUGUGUUUUCUUGCACAAGGGAAACCAACAUGAAAGCACCCAACGGAGAGGUCCACCUCAAAGCCAACUCCGAGUUUUCGGAGUUGCUUCACCUUGGUAA